UCUUGAAGCGGCGUGUGCACGCGCUCUUGCCUCUCACAGUCUCAGCGCGCGACAUAUGGGCACGCGAAUUUAAACCGCAACAAUAUCAAUACUGUCCAACGAUCCGGAUCCUCGUCCAUAUUCGCAUCCCGUCCAGAAAACUUCGUGGGAACUUCGCAGGCAUCAUUUUAGGAAUUACGAAUUCUUUAUUUCAAGCACGGAAGACAACAAUAAACAGUAAACACAGUGUUUCAUAAAGGGAUUGCAAUGUUUCCGACCAAGGCGAUAAUCUUGGUGCUUCUUUUCUUUGGCUGUGCAGUUUCUCUGCAGGUCGAUAUUACACCUGCGCAGGGCGAGAUCAGUGUUGGAGAGUCUCGAUUCUUUUUGUGUGAAGUUAUCGGUGGGGCCAAGGAAAUCGACUGGUUCGCUCCAACCGGUGAGAAAAUAGAGCCUGGCAGACUGGAUAUCAGCGUGAUUCGCAACGACGAGACGUCCUCCACUCUCACCAUCUAUAACGCAAAGGUUGACAACGCUGGCACAUACAAAUGUGUUGCCAGCAGUGGUGAUCGGGAGGCAGAAGCCACCGUCAAUCUGAAGAUAUACCAAAAAAUCACCUUCACAAAUGUCCCAUCACCUCAAGAGUUCACUGAAGGGGACAAUGCCAUUAUAGUGUGUGACGUCAUAAGUUCACCUCCACCCACCGUCCUCUGGAAAUACAAAGGUGCAAAGAUCCAGUUUGAAAAAGAUGUCCGUUUCAGGACUUUGAAUAACAACCAUCUCCAAAUCCAAGGGAUCAGGAAGACCGACGAUGGGGUCUAUACUUGUGAGGGCCGCAUUAAAGCCCGUGGAGAGGUUGACUUCCGCAGCAUUAAAGUGGUUGUUAAUGUCCUGCCCACUAUACGAAUCCGUCAAGCGGAAACGAACGCUACCGCUGACAUGGGCUUCUCAACCCUGCUGGCCUGUGAUGCUGACGGAUUUCCUGAGCCGAUGGUGGCCUGGGCACGGAACAACGUUCCACUGGAGAGCGGCGAUAAAUACAGCUUCAAUGAAGACGGCUCUGAGAUGACAAUACUAGAUGUGACAAAGCUGGACGAGGGAGAUUACACAUGCAUUGCUAAGAACAAAGCUGGGGAGAGCGAACAAGAACUUAGCCUUAAAGUCUUUGUGCAACCCAAAAUCACAUAUCUAGAAAGCCAGACUACCACAGAAAUGGACGAACAGGUCACGUUAACGUGCGAGGCCACUGGAGACCCCACACCCACCAUCACGUGGAGCGUCGGCACCAGGGUCUUCACCGAGGGAGAGCAGGAGCACCAAAAGAGGAUUUAUCAGGCCUCUUGGACUCGACCCGAACAGCACAAGAGUCCUGAUGGUGACGUGUUGGUCCGCAGUGACGCCCGUGUGUCUUCUCUCACCCUGAAGUACGCUCAGUACACCGACGCCGGCGAGUAUCUCUGCACCGCCCGCAACGCCAUCGGAGAGACGGCGCAGCCCGUGUAUCUGGAAGUGCGCUACGCCCCGAAAAUCCUGGGCUCAGUAACGGUGUACACGUGGGAGGGCAACCCGGCCAACAUCAGCUGUGAAGUGCUGGCUCACCCCAGCGAUGUGUCUAUUACGUGGCAGCGAGACGGCUUCCAGCUGCCUAACGCUAACACCUCCAAUAUCAAGAUCUACAACACGCCUUCCGCCAGCUACCUGGAGGUCAAUGCAGAGUCUCAGAGCGACUUUGGCAACUACAACUGUUCUGCCUCCAAUGAGAUCGGGACCGAAUCCAAAGAGUUCAUCGUGAUCCCAGCUGAUGUGCCCUCGGCGCCGUCCAUCACUCAAGUGCAGCCGUACUCCAGCACGGCUCAGGUGCUUUUCGAGGAGCCCGAGUCCACUGGAGGAGUUCCUGUGCUCAAGUACCGAGCCGAGUGGAGAGCCGUGGGCCGAGGGAAAGGGGUGCAGCGAGUCUAUGAGGUGAAAGACGCAGGACUGAGUUCAGUCACAGUCACCGGCCUAAAACCGGAAACCGAUUAUGAAGUCAAGAUGUCUGCCAUCAACGGCAAGGGCGAAGGCGACAGCAGCCAGUCAGUGGUCUUCAAAACCGAGCAUGUCCGGUAUCCUUACACAAAUGGGAUUUUUCAUUUUCACACUGAGGACACAGAAGGAGAACCAAGUCCUCCUAUACUAGAGGGCACCCUACAACCCAAAGGGAAUUCUCUCAAAGUGAAAUGGACCAAACAAGAUGAUGGAGGGUCACCAAUCACCCAUUAUUUGGUCAGAUACAAAGCUAGGGAAGACUCUGACUGGAAGCCCGAGAUCCAUUUGCCCAAUGUGAGCGAGUAUGUAAUGCUGAUUGGGCUGGAGUGGGACACCGAGUAUGAUGUGUUCGUGGUGGCAGAGAACCAGCAGGGCAAGUCCAAGCCUGGCACUCUGACCUUCAGAACCUCAUCGGAGCCUGCAGCAACCACAGUCACUCAGAGUGGUUCUUCAGUCUCCUCCACUCUAGUGUCCCUUCUGCUCUCUCCGUUAUUGCUGCUUUUGCUUUGAUAGAGUCGAGGAAAUGUCUUCUCCUCAUGUUGAGGAUCCUCUGCAUGAUUUGUCUCUGUAUCUCUCUAACGUGCUGGGAGCACUGAGCCUCAUAGACAAAGUAACUCCAAUUACAACUUAUUAAGGAAAUACAAAAAAAUAUUCAGUUUCAGAUGACCAAAUGCUUAAAAUGACUGUGCUUUUUAAUUUGUCAUUAAAAAAGUAAAAUUUUUUAUAUCGCAUCCAGUCUAUAGACAUUUGCACUGUAUUGUGAAAGUAAAACUGCACUCACUGUGUCAUUCUAGUAGCACCAGAUGGAAUUAAAUGAACGCUAAGCCCUGCCUUAAAACAGUAGUUAUUAAUCAUACCUUAGCAACUGUUUUAAUUUUUUCAUUAAUUAUAUUAAGUUUAUGGAGUAU